ACACAUUUUGGGAUCAAAAGAAGAAUAAAACACAGACAAAGAAAGAGUGGAAUUUUCUGUGAAAAAGUAUUCUAGUUGUCCCAAUAAUCGUGACUAGCUUUCGCUAAUAGAUCAGAAAUGCCGGCGAUUGUUUUGGAAAAACCGAAACUGAGCAGACCCAUGUGGAAUUCCCUGAAAUCCCACAUAAUUAGAGAAAGACAGAGAAAAAAGCAAGAACAGGAAGCAGAUGCUGAGGUAGAGCGUCAACGAAGAGAACGAGAAGACCAACAGAAAGAACAAGAAAUGACUUUAGAAGAAACAAAGGAACAGGUUGCUCAAUCAGAAUCCAAACUUUCACAGUUGAAAGAAGACAAACACCAAUUAUUUCUUCAGCUCAAAAAAGUCCUUAAUGAAGAUGAUACCAGAAGAAAAAUUAAGGAGUCCAGUUUUAACAGUGAUAUGAUGCUGUUUCAUCCUUAUCAAACUGGAACUUCUCUAGUACAUCCGAGUACCCAUGGUUCUUUGUACAUGCACCCCAAUCUUGGUACUCCUAGGCCAGUCUUCAAUGGUGGGAAAGAAGAAUCCCUUUUGAAUCUGCACGGAGUACCACCUUCGUCACUCUAUGGACAGCCGGUGAAUAUGGUCCCUUCUCUAGGACAUCAAAUUCAAGCUAGUCAGAAGAGAUCCCGGAGUCCGUCUCCGCCACCUCAGCUGUAUCAUUCAUACAAACCACCGUCACUUUCCCCAUACAAUCCAAAAGGUACCGGUAGUCCGUAUGGAGGGAGCCCUGCAGUCCCUGGUAGCAUUUUCUAUACACACUCCGUUUCAGUAAGUGCUGCACAUAGCGCAGCAAGUGGCGGCUAUCAACUGCCUCCAGGGUCGAUGUACAGCUACCCCACUCACUCUUCUUCCUCACGCCCAACAUAUUCUGUUCAAACGCCGGUCUCAUCCAAAGAUGAUGCUUCUUCUGCUUCUAAGCAUCAUUCAGCUGUAUAUGUCGGACAAGGAAAUGUUCUACCUCAGAAUCCUCAAAGAAAUGUCCCACCGAGAAAUUCUGGGCCUUCGCUAAAUCAAGGAUACCACCACCAGCCUGUUGAACAUAUGCUUGGCAAAAAUCCAAGUACUUAUGGACCUACAGAACAAGAAAAAUACUUUAUUUCACCUUCUCAUGGUUCUGCCUCAAACGUGUCUUCAAACGCUAGUGGCGCCCAAUCAGCUGGUGGGUUACGUCCUCAUGCUGGUUUAUUAGCGCCAAUACCAGUUCCUGGUGCGUCGCACCCAUCUGGAAUUCCCAUUCAGCAACAAAAUCAUACAAAAAGUGGUAGCAUUAUUACAGGAAACCCGUUACGGCCUCCACCUUCAACCGGCUCCUACCACUCUGCUACUUCUGCACCAAACGCGCAAAACAACCGCCAAGCAAAUACUCAGAGUGGUGGACAAUCUUGCCACCCUACUCGCUAUUAUGGAAAUCCGAGCUAGGAGAACAUUUUGUAUUUACAUGCGUCACACGAUCUUAGGUUGUUGCUCAGCUUAUUUCAAUUCUUUGUGUCUGUUGUUACAUUCCUUCUGAAGUGGGUAUCUUGGAUUUUAUUAUUAAUCGCAUCAUAUUCCUGGAAUGAAUAAAUAAUUCUAAGUGUUA